UGUUGGGGGGCUGCGUCGAUCACGAAACUUGGCGGUUGUUUUGAAACGGUACGUGAACUGUCGGCAGUAUCACCAAGAAUGGCUGCUAGUACGAUCAGGAAAGCUUUGCGAUUUUCGUGGAGAGGGAAACGGUACAGCGUAGUAAGCGGCAAACAGUCUGAUUAUUUUAACACGCCGAAACCCACAAGAAGCAAAAACCCUGGAGCCAGUUCCGAUGGCGAAUCUCCGGAAAGUGACGACCUACAAAUGAAAACGAGGAGAGGAAUUCCCAGACGAAGUGACAGACUGACGAGAUCCGUGAGGGAUGCUGUGGGAACUUUGAGACAAAGAUUUCGAAUGUCGACUCGCCGCAGAUCACGACUUGAGGAAGGGAAGGUGUUGUCGCCAAGGAUUGCCAAGCAAGAUUCGCGGAGAGUAGUGGGUAAAACGCCGCCACGUUCCUGUAAAUCGGACGUGAAAAUAUACUCCCCAUUCUACAUUGAAACACCAAAAAGCUUGGUGAAACAAAGAAACGGAACAAGAAUGGGUAGCCUGUCAGUUGAGACGCCCACACGACUGAAGCGCGAGGUAGAAGCUUUAACAGCCAACAUGCAGGCACUGGCCGCUCUCACGCCAACCACACUCAGAGAGCGAUCACGCAGAACUCCUGCGACUUCACCUCUAACAAAUGGCAGCUUGCGGAUGCGGACUGCACGUAGACGGAUCGAGACGACUAUUUAUUAGAAUUCCAAGUGCUAUCAUUUCUCUAUUUUUGUAUUACACAGUCGAUACAUGUUAUUCUGCUCAAGCAUGUCACAGACGUUUGACACUGGAGGUGAUCAUUCAGUAUUUUGUUAAAUGGUUGAAUAGUGAAUACGUACAUGUUAAUGUUCACAAGAGAUAUUUUUUAUCAUAAAAGAUAUAUAUAUAUUCAUUGUUGUAUUUCCUAUAACAGUAUUUUGUUUUGGGUGAUUUUUAAAAUUAGAAUAAAAGCAUGUUUUUUUUAACUGGUGUUUUUGUGACAUUUAGUUUUAUUGCCCAUACUUAUAAAACUUUUAGAGUCCAGACUCAGUCUCUAAUGAUGUCACGCACAUACAGUUUGUAUGGCGUUGUCAUGACAUUACUGUCUCAGACUCUAUUAGUCUCGAGUCUAGACUCUAAAAAUUUUAUAAGCACCAGGCCUGGAAUGUCCUACACCCUAUUUUAUGUAAUGUAAUUUUCUGAACAUUAAAACAGUCUUUAAAAGUAAUUUUAGGGUUAUUUUGAGGUAACCUGAUUUUGAUGUGUAUUUCAAAAUACACCUUUAAUUCACCUUAUUUGUUUCAAAUAAUACUGUUUUAGUUUAUGAAUAUUUUUAUGUGUGAAAUAUAUAAUGAUUAUUUUAUGUGUAUUUCAAAACAUUUGCUUUCUGUCAUCAAGCUUUUAAAAAUGUAAUUUAAAAAACAAAACAGAUUAAGUGCUUGGUUUCAGUUUUGUGCAUUUUUCUUGGCCAGUAGACUUUUUUGCCUCUUUACUCUGUUUUUUUGUUUCAUCAUACUUGAUAGAGAUAUUGUAUUUGUUACCGACUUCUCAAGUAUUAACCAAGAUAAUGUUCUCAAAUGUAAGUUCGUCUAUGUAGGGUGUGCAUUUAACAGUCACAUCUGGGACCAGUUCCACCAAGCAAACUUAAUGCUAAGAUCAUCUUAAGUGCAUAAGAUCACUUCGUGGAAACAGGACCUGGUGAUUGAAAGCGACAUUAGCCAAAUGAAAGCUUUGUCUUAUGUCGCCUGUUGUAUUUUUUCAAUUCCAAACUUUGAUGAUUUUAAAAUUACCAUUCGAACUGAAUGUUUUUCAAAUUACAAAAAUGGAUUUAAAAUUGUAUUUUUUUACUGCAGUUUAAUACAGCUAAAUUAAAAGGAGUUUUGUGAAAAAUUAUUGGGACCACCUCACCCGUCUUGAAAGCAAAUAUCAUUCGGGGCACCUCGGCCAUUUGUGACUUCCAUCAUCUUGACACAUGUUGUAUACACAAUAGGCUGAGAUAUUCCAAAAGGAAAUACACUGUAGCAAAAAGUGCUUGUUCUAAUGGAAUAUCUCGAAUUCUGUAAACACCCAGUCAAUAUUGUAAUGAACAAAUAAGAUAUAUGCAUUAUCUUACAGGGAAUAUUUUUUAUAAAUUUUGAUUAGUAACAGUUGCCGAUUGACUCAAAAUUUAUUAGCAACUACUCUUUAAAAAUGUGUAGCGAUCUCUGUAACUUACAUAGCAAAUCGUGAAGCGAUAUUGAAUAAAAUGUUCCCUGCCUUUUGGUGGUCAUCGGCUAACUAUUAGUCUAUAACAUACAUGUGUGUCUUGUUCAACAUGUAAUAAAUACUCUUCUUCAAAGUCAGAGCACAGGCAAGGUCAGUGUCUUGACAUGAGGGCCUAAUUGACAAGAAAUCCCCUACAAGAUUAACAAUUGCACUCCUGGCUAUGUAUUUGAUGUUAGUAUCUGCAUUAUCAAAUGUAGUUGCAGUUUAUUGUCACCAAUAGUUGCUUUUUUCUUCUUUUUUUUUAAAGUAACUGAUGUAAAUAAGAUUAUUAGUUUUAGACUGGGCACAGAAUACCAUAUUUUUUAUUAUAUCAAGAGCUAUUCUAGAAAUAAGUAGAUGAUAGGGAUGGGGUGAACUUCUUGUAUUAUUAACUUUAGUUCAGUUCAAAUAUAAGUAUAUGAAAACCAAACCAUUUUAUGUGCAAUAUGCAACAGUGAGUGGUAAUCAUACAUUUAUUUCUAGAAUACCCUCAAUAUGUGUCCAGUAGGUCAUGCUUGUUUUCCUUUUUGGUUUUAGUAUCUUCUAACCACAGGGUUUUUUGUGUGUGUGUUUUGCACAUGUAGAUAGCUAUUUAUUGAUCACAAUUUUUUUUAUUUUUUUUAUUCCAUAUUAUUUUAGCAGGGAUGCGAGUUUGUUUUUGUUUUAUCUAAUUUCAGCUUUUUGUGUAUCGUGAUUUUCACAAAGUAGAUUGGAUUUCAUCUUAAAUGAUUUAACGUUAGCUUUAUUUAGGUAUAGAAUAGAGAUUUUAGUGUUGUUGUUUUUGUUUUUUUGUUGGGUUUUUUAUUAUUAUUUUUUUUUUUAUCAUUUCAGCUUUUAGUUUUAAUGGGUAUCCCAUGUCUGAAGUUAAGUUGAUUUGCGGGGUUUUUUUUUAAGUGUGUAUAUAUUCCAAGUGUGAAUGUUUGCCUUUGCUAUCUCUGUUAUUCUCCCAUCUGUCUUUCCGCCUCCAACAUACAUAUUCAGCAUUAAUUAGCUCAUUACAUUUUGUACAGGUAGGUUAUCUUUGAUCAACGUUUUUAUAUAACAGUCUUUGCCAGGAGCACUGUGAAGACAAGCUUACGGUCACUCUCCUGAACGGAUGCUAGGUGGGCUUACGGUCACUCUCCUGAAGUGAUGCUAGGCAAGCUACUCUCUUGAAGUGAUGCUAGGCGAGCUUACGGUCACUGUCCUGAAGUGGUGCUAGGCGAGCUUAAGAUCACUGUCCUGAAGUGGUGCUAGGCGAGCUUAAGAUCACACUCCUGAAGUGAUGCGCACUUUCCCUGGCAAAGACUACUAUGUUCAGAAUUGAAGUAUGUUUUUGAUAGAUCCAGGGUAUCCUAGAAACAGCAUGAAACAUAACUAAAAAUUAACAUCAAGAAAUAAGUAGUUAUACAACAAAAUAUUUUUUUUAUAGUAAAUAUGUUAGUUUGUAACUAAUCUUGCCAAUAAAAGAAUCUUCAUUGUGGAAUAAAAUGAAAACUUUAAAUACUGAUAUUAGUCUAUUAUGAGAAUUUUCUAUAGCUUUAUAACAAUGAAUUGUAAUUCUUGUGGCUUCAUCAGUUUAAAAAAAAAAUGAUUUUUUUUUUCAGCAUUGUAAUUUGUAGAACAUCUGCAUAUAUAUAUAGUGACUGCAUUAAAUUAAAUUGCAAAUUAUUUUAUGUCGUCACAGAUGAGAUUUAAUGUAUAUACACCUCUUCACAUGCAUAAUUUCUGUUAAAUGCUUGUAUUAGAGCUAUCCGUGUUCAUGUUCACAACUUUAUAGAAUUGGCACCUGGCCUACCAAGAAUAUUGCUGCCCUAGUUGUGAAUUUAAAAAUAAUAUUAAUAAAACAUUCUAAAAAUG